UUCCCAGAUGAAGGCAAGGGAGCUACAACUGCCCGAGCAUCCCCAGGCUCAGGAGGAGAGCGACCUGGAGGACUUGCAGGCCCAUGGAGCUCAAAGCCCUCUUCAGCCUCAGGGACCAGGUGGAGAAAUCCAUCUCCCUCUGCCAAGCAGCUUGCAUCUAAAGUCAGCUGAGCUGACGGAGCCACACAUCUUGAAGCCCCAAGAACUGGUUGUGAUGCACGUGCAAGGAACAGUACAGGUGGACCCCGAAGUCCUGAAAUUCCAGAGGCAUCUUGAUUCCAUGCCAAUUUAUCCCCAAGGACAUCCGGAAGCAGGAAGUUCAGGACGCGAGUCCCGGGUAGAAGAUAAGACCACGGAGACUCAAAGAAGCACGCAAAAGACUCCUCAGAACCGUCUUGCCCAAGAAACUGCACAGCUUCAGGCCGAUCUGCUUCAAGACUCAACGUCUUUUGGUCCCCGGGAACAGUCAAAACGAGGCUCCUCUCAGAUCCAGGAAAAGCAAGCACGUGGCUGUCCACGGGGCCCUGAGGAUGAAGCCCCGAAAAUGCUCGAAACGUUUGCUCCUCAGGUGACCACCCAGAUGGUGACAAACCCUUUGGAGGACUCAAAAGUGUCGGAGUCCAAGGAUGAAUCUGCUGGACAGGAGGAACCAACUCACCAAGACAUCUCACAGCCUCAAGAGGAAAUAGAGGGAAACAAGCCCAGUGAUCCCCCGGAACAUGCCCAUAUCGGCGUCCAUCAGAAAGAUACAGACGAUCUCCAGCCAUCAGGAGCCCCUCAGACAGAGCAUACGCCCAUGAGCUUUGGAGCCACAGAUCCAAGGCACAGCCGUGACCUUCAGGUUGAGGAAACACCACCUAAGAAACCGGAGGCUACAGCGGAUGGAAAGCCCUCCACUUGGCUGUUUCCUGGAUACAGCGAACUCUGGGAAUUCUGGAGGAUUGUGGGAAAGUCAAAGUCUCUUGACCCGAGGGAGCUUCAGUUCCUCCAGUCUGAGGCACUGAGAAAGUCAGAGUUCUCCAAGCUGCCGGACACGAGCAGCACGAAGAUAGGGCAACCCCAAAGGAAACCGCCGGAUGAUCCAAUGGAUAUUCAUUCUCAACUUCUUCCGAUCCAUGGACUUAUCCUCAAAGACCAAGUGAUCCGCCAGCCACAGGACAGAGGAGACCGUGAGGGUCCACAAGAGAUGGAGCUGGCACCUCCCCAAGCACAAGAGCCCCUGAGAACUCAAGGAGAAAUCCUCUCUUCCCAAGAACUGGAGGACGCACAGAUCUUCUGCCCGAAGAGAUGUGAAGGAACCGAGGCCGGGGAGGAAUUUUCUCAAGUUUCCAGAGCUGCAGAGAGACAUCCGGAGGCUGCUGAAGUUCAGGGGCUGAUGGAACCAAAACCUCUCACACCUCAAGAAAACAGGGAUGUCGAAAGCCCUGCUCCCCUGAAAGGUCUGCUGAGAAAGUCCAAGACUUUUGGACCCCAGAGGAGGACCAGGAAAGAUAGUUUCAAUGUCCAGAGCGUUGGAAAAAGCCAUUCUGGCCAGCAUACUCCAACGACUCCGCUUCAGGGUCAAGCGUCACCUAGAAUUCAAGGACCAAGCAAGGAAUCUCAGGAGAUGCUGAAGGAUUUUGAAGGAACCCUGGAACCCCCUGUACCAGAAGAUGCUGAAGCUCACAGGCUGAUGGAACCAAAACCUCUCGCACCUCAAGAAAACAGGUAUGUAGAAAGCCCUGCUCUCCUAAAAGGUCUGCUGAGAAAGUCCAAGACUUUUGGAUCCCAGAGGGCCAGGAAAGAUAGUUUCAAUGUCCAGAGUGUUGGAAAAAGCCAUUCUGGCCAGCAUACUCCAAUGACUCCGCUUCAAGAUCAAGGGUCACCUGGUCAGCAUACUCCAAUGACUCCGCUUCAGGGUCAAGGGUCACCUAGCAUCCAGGGACCAAGCAAGGAGUUUCAGGAGAUGCUGGAGGAUUUUGAAGGGACCCUGGAACCCCCUGGAACAGAGAAGGUGGAAUUCCUAAGAAGCUUCCACAAAGAAAAUGGUGGUGGCCAUGGAUGA